AAAUGUAAUCCAAAAUAUUCAGAAUCCGAAACACAUGCAAGCUUUUGGUUCAAAAUUAUUGAAGAAAGAGAUUUAUACGAAAAAUAUACUUCAUUUCUUAAAAAUAUCGAAAUCGAAAAAAUACAAGAUUACAUCAACGAAGGAGUUUGUGAAUUGAAAGUUCAGUCUCUUCAUGAUAAGGUUGUCAAUAAUUGUAACUAUUUGAAUACUGGGUUAUUAUGGAUUGUUGAAACUCCAGCCGAUAUUCGUAACGAUAUUAUGCAAGAAUUUGUUAAAAAUUACAAAACUU